UACAGCCUCGAUCGGUCUGUGAUUCGUCUCCGUGUCUGAACGGAGGCCACUGCUAUGAGAGAGAUGGAGGCUACACCUGCGAGUGCAAAGACGGAUACAGAGGGAAGCACUGUGAGAAAGUCAGACUCAAUACCUGUGCCUCUGGCCCGUGUCGUAACGGAGGCUCCUGUAAAGAGGAGACAGGGAGCUUCCUCUGUGUCUGUCCAUACAGGUUCACUGGCAAACACUGUGAAGUGGGGAGGCCAGACCCGUGCUCCUCCAGCCCCUGUCUGAACGGAGGAACAUGUUUCCACUACAUCGGGAAGUACAAGUGUGAAUGUUCCGGAGCCUUCAGCGGCAGACACUGUGACAUCGGCAGGGGAUCAGCACACGCCACAGCAGACCUGGACUGUGGUCCCCCCCUGCAGGUGAAGCAUGCAGAGCUCCAGUUCUCCUCUACGUCGCCAGGCUCCAUGGCUCUGUACGUCUGCCACCCAGGAUACACCCCCAUGCCCAGGGCCACCCAGAGCAUCUGUGGGGGGCAGGGCGCCUGGAGCCAACCCCCUGUCUGCCAGGGGCAAUUCAACUUUUCCCAGAGGCUGCUGCAAGACGCCGCCGGCGGAGAAGAGGUAUUCAGAGUGGACUUCUAG